AGAUUUCUAGUGAUGAAGUAGACACAACCAAUAAAGAAUCAAUGUUACUCCAGAAAGAAAGGGAGCUGGAAAUUCUUACCCGUGAUUUAGAUAACAAAAUUCGAUUUGGGCAAAAAGCCAUUGAAGGUCCAGGCUCGGCAAUAGGAAGGACUACUGGUUUUCCUGAUAGACCGCCUUCUCAAUCUGGCUCGUUUGAGGAUUCUAGAAGUGUUGAUUCUGCAGACAGACCUCGAUCCCGUGGCACAGGAGAUAUGUGGGCACGUUCUAAUGAGGGCAGAGGACCGUUACGUUCUAACGAGGACAGAAGACCAUUACGUUCUAAUGAGGACAGAAGACCAUUUCAAGGUAGCAGGGACAGAGGAUGGUUUCAGAAUAGCAGAGACUUAGAUAGGUCCAGGUCAAAAGAGAGGUGGUGAAGGGAGUUUUGUGUUGAUGAGAGUUAUCUUCAACUUUUGAUAACACGAGAAUCUAAUACUAUUUUGUUUUAUCUUUUCUAAUAGUUUUGUUCAUCCACUCCAGGAAUUGGAGCAAGAAUCAUUUGGUACUGGUACUAGAACUCCUGCCUUAUCUAUUGUUCCUUCUGGAAACAUUGUAAAUUUAUUUAUUCAGUAAUUUUUAGGAGCCUGUAGUUUCAUUAGGAUCAAAUUUCUUAUUAAAAAUUAUUAUGGAACUCGGUGAUUAAAUGUGAUAUUUUUCCGAGUCUUGUAUCAAGACAAUAUCUGCCGGAGUGAUUUUCUGACGCAACUAAUCAUUCAAAAUGCAAGUGGUUUGGUUUCAAUAUUUCUCAA